GAGGGGGGGUGGAAAAGUUUGUUGCCAAUAGGUAGUUUGUGAGGGGAUCUGGCCUUCCAUUUUAGUGCCUUUUCCCCACCUUGGUCCUCCUCAGAAGCGGCAGUUUUUGGAAGAUGGUAGCAGUGUCUGUGGCGGGAAACGGAUUGCACCGUUGAAGGGAGGGGUGGGGGUUGUGCUUCCUGCACUCGUGCUGGCCUUCGUCGCAGGCGCAGAUGGAGCGUUCCAGUUUUUGGGGUUUUUUAGGCCCCAUGGAGGUUGGGGAUGUCUAGUUUUGUUGUAUGAACCGAGAGACGUGGAUGAUGGGUUCUGUUGUCAAAUUUUGCGGUUGGGGGGGCCUUUAGUUUUGUUGUUUUGCCCGGGGGAGCGAUGCCAUUCUCUUUUUUUAUAUAUAGAUAGGUCUCUUUGCUGGCUGGCCUACAUAGUACUGAAACACCUGCCCUUGACAGGAUAUGGAUGUUGUGAAACUGCCCAAUUCUAAUCUUUGCAGAUGUAAAUCCACAUUGGAAAGUGAAAGUCAAUAAGAACUUCAUCCCAUAGGUUUAGGGCUCUGUUUCUAUGUGCUGCAGAAACAGAGCCUUAUGGAAGUCCCAUAGAGGUCAUCACAUAACAUAUGGGCACUUGGGGUAGGAAUCUGUGGGGCUCUGUUUCUGCAGUGCAUGGAAACGGAACCCUAAACCUGUCUUUAGGAAUCUGGUGUUACCCAAUUCCAAAUGCUGAAAAGCAGUGGAAAGAUUGGGAAAAGUCUGGCAUCAACGUGGUAAGGAUGUGGGAUGACUGGUCAUCCCAGAAAAUGGGAAAGGAUGGGAAGGAACAGGGUAAGACAGUUCCUUCUGCUUUCCCCACUUUCUCCUGACUUAUUCGAUAAAGUCCUAAGAGGAUUCCAGACAUUCUGAAUAAUUUAUCAUGAUUUCUAGUAGUUAGGAGAUGUGGCCCCCCGAUUGUGGAAUUCUCUGCCCGCGGAGAUUAGGCAAGCCCCCACACUAGCAGCCUUCAAGAAAGACUUGAAAACAUGGCUCUUUCGCUGCGCUUUUGGAGAGUAACCAUUUUAUAUUUCUUUUCCGUUGCUCCCCCUAAUAUCUAUCCUCCAGAAUACCCCACUCCCUUAUGACCCUGUUCGCUGUGGUUUUUAUUUUUAUGUCUUUCUCACCCCGAGUUUUAACUUAAUGUUCAUGUGGUCUGCCCUUGUUUUUAUUGUCUCCUUGUUUUAUUUUGUAAUGGAUAUUAUUUACUGUAUUGUUUAUUGUAUUGUGUUGUGCUGUUCUUUUAUAUGCUGUUUACAUUGUAUUGUUUUGGGCGUGGCCCCAUGUAAGCCGCCCCGAGUCCCCAUUGGGGAGAUGGUGGCGGGGUAUAAAUAAAGUAUUAUUAUUAUUAUUAUUAGGUGGAUUUGUAACUUUGAUGAUUCAUAUUUAUGGUUGCCAAUGACUGCAGUGAACAUUUCCAACCAGGAAGACUCCCAGACAAAGGGUUUCUCAAGCAAGCACUUGAUAUCUGCUGGGGUUUGGUUUCAGGACCCCCUGUGAAUAUCAAAAUCAGUGGAUGUUCAAGUCCCAUUAUAUACAAUGGCAUAAUAAAAUAGUAACCCUUACUCAAGGAGGAAAAAGCUGUGUUUGUUUUGGGUUUUUUUUCCCUUUGGUGGGGCAAUAUUUUUGAGCCCUGUUGGGUUCAAUCUGUGGAUGCAAAAUGCAUGCACAUGGAGGGCUGCCUGUACUUCAAAUGGUGGUACUGCUAUGAUUUCACAAUUGCAAGGUGGCUUGAUUGAAGCACAGGAUCUUAAGGGAGCUUUCCAACUAUUUGUUCUAAAGAGACCUUGGGACUAGAAGGUAAAAUUUCUCAUCACCCCAAACUGCCUUGUAAAACCUUUAGAUGGAGUGUUAUAUGUAGUCAUAGCAUAUAUGAUGACCAGGAUCCUGGCUUAUAUCUUCAAUAUGUCAAUGGUGCAUGCCAAGCCAUUUAUGACCUUCAAGAGGUGGGAAAAUGUAGAAGAUUAGGAGGCUUCAUUAAAUCUUCAGGGGAUUUUGGAAGCCCAGUUGAUCAAUUUUGCCCCAAUUGAUCUAGUGGCUAUGGGGACAUGUUUAUGGGGGCCAUGCUAUCCAGAAGGUAUCCUGGAAUAUUUAAAGAAAAAAACAUAUUUUUGAAAUAUUUGCAGAAUUUAAUUUUGACUUAGGCGGUGUUCUACGGGGUUCCAAAUAUGUUCUCCAGAACAUUUUAGAGGACUGUUUGGGGAGUAUGAGAACAACUUUUGGGUCUCCUGGAAACAACAAAAAGUCACUGGGAGGCUGCAUGUGGAUCACAGAUCAUACUCUGAACACCCUGCUCCAAAGUAACCAUUUUAUUUUCAAUCUUUGAUGUAUACAAACAUUGCAUGUCUUCAAUUUUUGGGAAAAAAAAUCAUUUGUUUCCCCAAACCACGGGUAAUUUUCUUUUGUUUUUCCUGUGACUUCAACAUUUCCAGAACUUUCACAUUUCUCACAACAGGUGCAUCCUAUGAAAUCUGGCAGUUCGGUGAAGUAGUAGAUCCUCUGGCAGAGAGUUCUAAGUGGCUCAUAAAACUACAAAUCUCAAAAUUCCUAGGAUAUAAUCAUGAUUUUCAUCUGGAAGCUUUGGUUCAUCUCUGUUGCUGCAGCUGUAAGCCUUUCUGCCCAAGAUAACUGUCUGUUUGAGGCAGCCUCUCAUUUUUGGAACUGUUCUUCAAAGGCUUUCAAUGUGGUUCCACCUGAUUUAACAGACAACGUCUUGAGGUUAGAUCUGUCCUUCAACAGGAUUGACCAAGUGAGAAAAGCAGACCUGAUGUCUGCAGUCAAUCUCCAAAUGCUUUUGCUGCAGUCCAAUCUAAUCCAAACAAUAGAGGAGGACGCUUUUCACACUCUUAUCAAGCUGGAGCAUUUGGAUUUAUCAAGGAACAAGCUGAUUCAUUUGUUACCCUCUUGGUUUGCAUCCCUUUCUUCCUUGAAGAAGUUGAACAUUAAGGGGAACAACUAUUCAGAACUUGGACAAACACCCUUGUUUUCUGGCCUAAAAAGUUUGAGAUUUCUCUACUUGGGAAAUGGUGAUCGCUUCUCUACUUUACAGAGACAAGACUUGGAAGGGAUUUCUGUUCUGGAAGAGCUGGAGAUAGAAGGACCAUACCUCAAUCAAUAUGAGCCAGGAAGUCUACUAUCAAUAGAUCCCAUAAAUCACCUAAUUUUGAAUGCUCCCUCUGCUACCACUUUGCCUUUGCUUAUAAAUGACAUUAGAAAUUCUGUGAUAUGUCUUGAACUGCAAAAUAUUAAAAAGCUGAGCCCUCCAUACUAUCACUCACUUGACGGAGUCACUGCACAAAAGCUUGUAUUUAGAAAUGUUGAGAUUUCAGAUAGGACUGCUGUACAUUUGUCAGCCAUCCUGGCUUCUAUGAGUCAGCUACAUGACCUAGAGUUCACAGAUUGUAGAUUGCAGGGCAUUGGUGACUUCAGUGGUAUUCAGCAGUAUCCACGUACCUUACAAGUAGUAGCGAUCAGGAAUAUGUCUAUUGAAUUGUUUUAUACAUUUACAGGGCUUACUGAUAUAAUGCCUCUGGUUCAGAGUAUUACCAGUCUUACAGUUGAAAAUUCAAAAGCUUUUCUGAUGAUCUGCCCAGUUGCAAAAAGUUUCAACUCAGUGCAAUAUCUUGAUCUCAGUGUAAACCUGUUCCGAGAUGAAGCUUUACUACAGACAUUGUGCACAGGAGCCUGGCCAAAGUUACAGACUUUAAAUUUGAGUCAAAAUUUUCUGAAACAAAUUGAGGUAGUAGCGCAUAGUGCUACACGGGUGAUAAAUCUUUCCAACUUGGAUAUAAGUCAAAAUAGCUUUGGAAACAUGCCAGACUUUUGUAAGUGGCCAAAAAAUCUGAAAUAUUUAAACAUUUCACAUUCUAAAGUAAACAUAGUCACAAGUUGCAUCCCUCAGAGUCUGGAAGUGCUGGACGUUAGCAAUAAUAACCUCCAAGACUUUAGACUCACCCUUCCUCAGCUCCAAGAGCUUUACAUCCAAAACAACAAAUUGACAACCCUUCCACCUCCUGUCCUUUCUCCAAGCAUUAAAGUCGUGAAUAUUAGAGGAAACAAAGUAUUUGGAUUCUCUAAGAAGGAAUUGGAAACUUUUGCAAACUUGGAGAUGUUGGAUGCACGUUACAACAGUUUUCAGUGUACAUGUGAAUUUCUCUCUUUCAUUCAAUCUCAAGCAUUAAAAUCUCACAUCUUUGUGGACUGGCCAAAUAACUAUACUUGUGAUGCUCCAGAUUAUAUAGGAGGAGAGCAAGUGGCAAUUGCCCAACUACACGUGACAGAUUGUCACCAGACUUUAGUGGUUUCUUUAAUUUGUAUCUUGAUACUCCUGAUCAUCUUGGUGACAGCAAUUCUUUGCUACAAGCUUCAUGCCAUCUGGUAUAUGAACAUGAUCUGGGCCUGGCUUCAAGCAAAACGCAACCCCCCCAAACCUCUUGUUAAAGAAACUGACUACGAUGCCUUUGUUUCUUACAGCGAACAGGACUCUGAGUGGGUGGAAAACAUUAUGGUGAGGGAGCUGGAGCAAGCCGAUCCACCGUUCAAACUCUGCCUCCAUAAAAGGGAUUUUCUGCCUGGCAAAUGGAUUGUAGACAACAUUAUUGAUUCCAUUGAGAGGAGUUCUAAAACUCUGUUUGUGUUGUCGCAGCACUUUGUCCAGAGCGAGUGGUGCAAAUACGAACUUGAUUUCUCUCACUUUCGCCUUUUUGACGAGAAUAACGAUUCUGCAAUUUUGAUCCUGCUGGAGCCCAUUCCAGAAGAAACAGUUCCCAGAAGAUUUUGCAAACUGAGGAAACUGAUGAAUACUAAAACCUACCUUGAAUGGCCAAGUGAUGAAGAUCAGAAGAUAAUCUUUUGGUUUAAUUUGAACAUUGCCAUGAAAUCCUAGGAAUUGAUGUUGAAUUCUUGAUGAUAUGGGUGCUUGUUUCACUUUAUGCCUUAGCAUGAAGUUCUCCUGAGGGCAUGCUGUCUGUGCUUUCCCAUCCCUUGGCUAAAUAUACAGUAUUUUCUUUCGACCAUGUGCUAGUGCUGAACAAAUGCUAUGACCUAACAGUAUAGACACACCAAUUUAAGAAGUAUGAUAUACAACUCAACCAGUUAUCUAGUUCCUUUAGCUCUAAGUGCUUUGUAAUAUGCAAUAAUAUUCAAUAUAGACAUUAAAAGACUAACAUUCUAUCAUAGCAGAAGAACAAGCAGAGUUAGAAACACAAUAUAUUUUCAAAAGAGUGCAAUUUAUCUCUUGCAGAGUCUUUAUACUUCAAAAAGAUUGAAGGCUGCUUCAAAAAGUUAGAUCUGAUCUCUCUCUAUAUUUCUGCAAUUGUGUCAUUGAAACAUGUUGCCAUUGUGAAAUAUACUGCUUUGAAAUUAAGUUUUGCUUCCUAACACUAGCUUGGAGUACCUCCAGACAAGCCAGUCAACCCACUAAAUUUUAGGCUAUUGUGAUCCUCAGUUCCAUCACUACAAAAGUCAACAGAUGGUGACAUCAUCUGGUUCUUGCCAAAGUGAGGAAGUUGCAUGGAAAAGAGGAAGGAAGGGCAUAUUUAUAAAAAACAGUUAUGAAACCUGGAGGAUUUCAGAAAGCUGUAGAAACACUUCAAAUACAAGUGAAAUAAAGCCAAAAGCCAAAUAAGUACCAAAUUACUUUAACAUAAUUAAAAACAACGCUAUUCCGCUUUAUGAAACAUUGCUUUGUCUUGAAGACAACUAAUAUCCAAACAUUCUGAGUCACUAAACCUCAAUUCCACAAAUAGAAUGUUUUAGGCACUUUAUAACACUUGGAAUUUAGUAUGUCCUUACUAAUUGCUAUUGCUGCCUUUUAUGAUUACUUGGAAUUUAGUAUUGUCCAUUUUAAAUGGCUGUUGCUGCAUUUUUAUUGAAUAUCUUAUUUAAAUUGAGUUGGGUUUUACAUUUGUAAGUGUUAUGUUUUUGAUAUUGUUACUAAUGGUGAUAUAUUUUACUUGUAUUUUAUGUGUCAUAGCACUAAUAUGUGUUGUUUGUAAGCCACUUCAAGUUCCUUUGGGAGAUGGUGGAGGGAUAUAAAUAAAGUUGUUGUUGUUGUU